AUGGCUGACCCGGAAUUAGCUGGCAAGUUGGAAAAAAGGCUUGCUAAGUUAAGCGCGCACGAGCCUCCCGAUCCAAAAUCUCCAUCACAUGCCUCUUCAAUUCCAGUACCUCCGCCACCACCGCCGCAGAAAGAGCAGACGCCACCGAUGCGUGUUAUUCCAGACGAUGAAAUCACCGACAUGGAUAAGCUUAUUGGACAGACGCUGCGUGCGCGGCAAGUAACCUCACAAAAAGCACCAGCUGGCUUAUCAGCCUGGAUGGAUUACAGACCAGAAACGUGCAAAAAAGAAUCUGCCGUUGCUCAGAAUCGAACUUUCGAGAAACCAGCAGAAGAUCCAGCGCCAGUGGCUACAGCGGCCGAUCACCUCGAUAACAAUCGAAAAGCCAAUUCACCUCCAAAGUGCAGUCCUCCAGUAGUGACCAUUGUACAUCACAAAAAUAGCCGUGGCGAAUUACGGAAACAGUUUAGUUGCGAUGAAUAUAUGCUCCAAAAGAAAGGAUUGCCUUUCGCGAAAUCUGACACGAGCGUCUUUUCGUUCUAUAGGCAUAUGAGGGCUUGGAUAUAUAUGUGCUGGAACACUACGGACCUUACACUGUGGCAGUUCCUAGCACGAUCGAAUAUUGACAAGCAUAUCCGAUUGAGUUAG